CGCGAUAGAUACCCCGCCAUAUCACUGAGAGCCCAAUCUUCCCCCCCAAAGAGAUAGAGCGUCAGUCUGUUGUUGCCCUCCACUCACCCAUCUGUCCCAAAACAAUCGACACGGAGAACAGGAACACCAAGGGCACACGGAAAGAGAGCAUACCACCAUGUCGAUGCACGCCACAAUCCUCUGCUGCAACUGCGGCGCGCCCAUCGACGGCACGACGGCCGCCGGUGCGCUCUGCUACGACUGCAUCAAGUUGACCGUCGACAUCUCCCAAGGCGUCCAGCGCGAGGCCACGCUCAACUUCUGCCGAGACUGCGACCGCUGGCUGCUCCCCCCCAGCAGUUGGGUCGUCGCCGCCCCCGAGUCCCGCGAGCUGCUCGCCCUCUGCCUCAAGAAGCUUAAAGGCCUGAACAAGAUCCGCAUCAUCGACGCCUCCUUUGUGUGGACGGAACCCCACUCGAGACGAGUCAAGGUCAAGAUCACGAUCCAGGACGAGGUCCAGACCGGCGUCCUCCUUCAGCAGGCCUUCGAGGCCAUCUACAUUGUCGCCUACCAGCAAUGCCCCGACUGCGCAAAGUCGUACACAGCCAACGUGUGGCGCGCCUCGGUCCAGGUGCGCCAAAAGGUGCUGCACAAGAGGACCUUCCUCUUCCUCGAGCAGCUCAUCAUGAAGCACGGCGCGCACAGGGAUACCCUCAACAUCAAGGAGGCCAAGGACGGCAUCGACUUCUUCUUCUCGGCGAGGAAUCAGGCCGAGAAGUUUUGCGACUUCCUCAACUCGGUCGUGCCGUGCAAGGCCAAGAAGUCGCAGGAGCUCAUUUCGCAGGACGUCCACACGUCGACAAAAUCGUUCAAGUUCACCUUCUCGGUCGAGCUGGUGCCCAUCUGCCGUGACGACCUUGUCGCCAUGCCCAUCAAGCUGGCCAAAGCGUCCGGCAACAUCUCGCCGCUGGUCAUUUGCCACAAGAUCGGGACGUCGGUAUACCUCCUCGACCCCAACACCCUCCAGACGGCCGACAUCAGCGCGGCCAUCUACUGGCGCGCGCCAUUCCACUCGCUCGCCGACGUCAAGCAGUUUGUUGAGUUUAUCGUCAUGGACAUCGAGCCGACCAACAUCACAAAGGGCAAAUGGCGGCUCGCUGAGGUACAGGUCGCGCGUGCGUCGGACCUGGGCGUUAACGACAAGACGUACUUUGCGAGGACGCACUUGGGCAACUUGCUGCAUGCGGGUGAUUCGGUGCUGGGCUACAUGCUCACGGGCACCAACUUCAACAACGAGGAGUUCGACGCCAUCGAAGCCUCGGGCGUCUACGCCUCGACGAUACCGGACGUCAUGCUCGUCAAGAAGCACUACCCGAACCGGAGGAAGCACCGCAACCGCAACUGGAAGCUCAAGCGCAUGAACAAGGACGAGGGCGAGCUGCUGCCCAAGAAGGCGGACCAGGACCGCAUGAACGAAGACUACGAGCAGUUCCUCCGCGACGUUGAGGAAGACGACGAGCUCCGCGCAACGAUGGCCCUCUACAAGGCCCAGCAGGCGGCCAAGGUCGACCCCGAUGCGAUGAGCAUCGCCGAGACCGAAGACGGCGAUGGUGUGCCGGGGGUGGACAUGGACGAGCUCCUGGACGACAUGGACGAGCUCCAGAUCAAGGAAUAGAUGCAUUCAUUGUCCAUUUUCAAACGGGCCAGGGGAUGGGCGUGUGUUGUCUUGGUUGACGGGGAACAUAUAUGUCGGUCCCAGGAGGGCCGGCCAUUAAAUUGAAAGUGGCCGUCUACGGUGACUCGGGAAGGGACUCGGGAGGGAGAGUUGCUUCUCUCGGGGUGUUUUCUGUAAGUAGUAGACACUGAAGAACUGAAGGGCAAGGGUGCAUCUAUUUCCCUUUUUUCUCCUUCUCCCCCCCCCUUUUUUUUUCUCUCUCUUUUUCUUUUGCAAAACGGGAUGGGACGGUUCAUGAAUGGUAACGGGCGUGUAUGCAUCGGAUAAAUACCUUGACGCCUCGAGAGAGAGCGUGGGAGAGGGAGAGAUAGAGGAAGAGUCUCGACUAAGCAAGAAGGAAAAGCGUUUUGUGUGUUUCUUGUCGUUGGAAUCAGCAUAUAAUACAUACUUGGACCGCCGCUUGGCUGAUGCGUG